AUGUCUACCGGCAGCACUCGUCUCCCAUGGCGGAGUAACCAACCCCGUCGGCGCCCUCGACGUACUUUCUUCCUCCUCUCUCUCUUCCUGUGCGCACUCCUCUUUUUCCCUCUCCGUGGCCCACUGCGCACAUGGAUACGCACAUACAACCAGAUUCCCUCCGGGUCGUUUUCCCCUUCCGCAUACCACGGGUGCGCACCCAUCUCAGCUCUGCAUCAGCCUAGGGAGAAGGGCGCUAUCCUCCUCCUCCUACGGGAAAAGGACCUUGCCCAACUCCUACCCACCCUUGCAAACUUUGAGGAAAAGUUCAACGCCCAGUUCCGAUAUCCGUACGUGAUGCUCUCCUCGCCUGACGAGCCGUCCUUUUCCGCCCAUUUCCGCGCUCAGGUCGCGCUCUCCCUCCCUGAUGGUGCGGAGGUCGAGUACGCGGAAAUAGAGGACCACGAUUGGCGCAUACCAGACUGGCUGAACGCGACUGAGAUGAGGGAGGGGUUUGCUCGUCAGGGAAGGGAGGGAGUGCAGUAUAGCGGUAGGGAAGGGUAUCAUCAUAUGUGCCGGUUUUACUCUGGCUUGUUCGCGCGGCAGAAAGUGCUUGAGAAAUAUGAGUGGUAUUGGCGCUUAGAGCCGGGUGUUCGCUUUUACUGCCGGAUAUCAUACGACCCCUUUCGGUUUUUGGCUCUGCGUAACCAAGUCUACGGAUUCGUAAUCACCAUCGUCGAGACGCCUAAUACGAUACCCACUCUCUUCCGCACACUUUCAACUUAUGCCACAGACCACUCCCUCGUUCCCGGAGCCCUGUGGCCUUUCUUCACCAAGAGCAAACAUGGCUCCAUGGAGGGGGAGUAUAAUAUGUGCCAUUUCUGGACAAACUUCGAGAUUGGGGACCUGAGGUUCUUUAGAGGGCAUGAGUAUCAAGACUUGUUUAAUAUGCUGGACAAGAAGGGUGGAUUUUAUACCGAGAGAUGGGGCGACGCGCCCGUGAGGAGUAUGGCCCUGGGCAUGCUCGUGGAACCGGAGAGGGUGCAUUACUUUGAGGACUUUGCGUACAAGCACGAUUGGUUUAUGCAUUGUCCGCCGAAGGAAAUGGGCUGCGAGUGCGACUGCCCAGCGUUUGGAGACGGCUAUACGGACAUCGAUAGGGAUGGGUGGUAUUCUUGCCUUCCGGAAUGGAGGGGCGUCCAGGGAGAGGCGAAGGGGGGAAAGGGAGUGUGAAGAGGCCCGUUAGCGCUGAACAUCUGAACUCAGCCGG